GUGUUCGAAAAAGUCAGUGAAUUGGUGUGUUUAUUUUUAAAUAGUUUUUACUUGGUAUUUUAUCCUUUAAAAAUAGUUCUAAUGAAAUGGCAUCCGCGUUGGAACAAUUCGUGAAUACUGUUAGGACUUCAUCUUCUCACGGUAAUUUUCGGGAGCUGUGCGAGUUUAUAAGCAAAUCUAGUGAAGUACUAAUAAAACAAAGCCAACAUCUAGACAAUGUACUGGAAACGUUAGACAUUCAACACCACUCUCUAGGAAUUCUAGCCGUAUUAUGCGCUAAAUUUAACGUGCAAGUAGCAUCUAAUGCUACAGACAACAGAUUCACUCAAGCCCAAGAUUUCAUACUGAACUGCAACGGAGAACAAAUUAGAUUUGCACCAGACACCUUCGCUGAAUUAUGUCAUUCGUUGACAAACUACUUGGUCGAGCAAAAGCAACCUCUAAAAGGAAUAGUUCUAUUACAAAAGGCCAUUUCGAAAUUAAGACUGUUUGAUUCGCAAUUGACGUCCAUCCACGCUGAUCUGUGUCAGUUGUGUUUGCUGGCGAAGUGCUUUAAACCCGCCAUCGAAUUAUUGAAUAUAGACAUCACGGGAAUAUGUCAAGAACUCGCCCAAAAUCCGAACGGACCUCAAUUCGAUUCGAAAUAUUUCCUGUUGUACUACUACUACGGCGGAAUGAUAUACCUGGCUGUACGCAACUUAGAUAGGGCUUUAUAUUUCUUCGAAGUCGCAAUAACGACGCCGUCGCUGGCCGUGUCGCACAUCAUGCUGGAGGCUUUUAAAAAGUAUAUCUUAGUGUCGUUGCUGCUACACGGAAAGAUUCGACCGAUUCCCAAAUACGCCUCGCAAGUAGUGACCAGGUUUAUAAAGCCGUUGUCUCAACCUUAUCACGAUUUAGCGGUGGCCUUCAAUUCGAAUAGCACUUCUUUGUUGAAUGCUGUAGUUAAUAAACACUCGGAAGCGUAUACUAGAGAUCACAACAUGGGUUUAGUGAAACAAGUAUCCUCAGUAUUGUACAAAAAGAACAUCCAGAGAUUGACGAAGACGUUUCUAACGCUUAGUUUAUCGGACGUUGCGAGUCGAGUGGGCUUAUCGAGCCCCGCUGAGGCCGAAAGCCACAUAUUACAAAUGAUUGAGAAACAACAGAUCUUCGCGACGAUAAAUCAAAAAGAUGGCAUGGUGGUGUUUAGAGACGAGCCGGAAAAGUACAGCGGUCCGGAGGUGCUGAAAGGGCUCGAAGAACAAUUAGCCUUGUGUAUGGAAUUAGAUAGACAAAUACUAGCGAUGGACGAGGAGAUUCAAGUCAAUCCGCAAUACGUUAAAAAGGCCACGGGCCUGCAGGACGAGGAACAGCCUAAAAGUACAUACGCGAUGUAAUAUUAUUUGCAAAAAAAACAAACAAUUCAAAAUACCGUUGAAACGUAUUUCUAAUCAGAAUCGAUCGUAAUUUUUGGUUUAUUAGUCUCCUUUUUAUUUUGUUAGAAUCGUCCGAAUUUGAGUUAUUGUUGAGAUAAAUCCUUAAAUUUACUAUUAACAUGUGUAUAGUUUCAUCAAGUUUUUUUUUAUUAAAUAAAAAUCACUAAAUUUUA